GGAGAGAGAGAGAGCGAGAGAGAGAAGCCGACUCUUGUUUACAGCAGAGAUCCCACGGAGGAACGCGGACCCGCAACACUGCGUUAACUCAGGGUGAACCGUAGGACUUCAGCCUCUGGAUACACACGCAACGGGACUCUCUGUAUGCGCUCUUUCAUUCUUUUUUUCUUUUUUCUUUAAAAAAAACGAGGAAUAAAGAGAAAACACUCAUAAACGAGCAACUCCUUGUGGACACGUUCUGCCUCCCAACCGAGGUCGUGUGACGCCGAGGAGCUGGAGAUCCGUUCUCUCUUGCGUGGCACACACGUCUUGUGUUUUCCUAGUCCGACCCGGGGAGCUUGGGGUUUAAGAGAAAAUUGUCACCGAGGGCCGUGGCUGCUUCGUGGGGCUUCGGGAGCCUGCGCUGUCUGGAUGGGAUAAGCCAAAGGAGAGGAGGAGAAAAAAAGGGGGUUUUCAUUCAUUUUCCACCUCGCGGCCACCACCCUGUGGAUCUGGACGUGUUUUCUGCCCCGGUCCUUCCCACGUACACAACAACCACAGGGGGAUCCGCGAUAGCAACACUGGCGUUCAUUUAUUGCAGUGGAAAAGGCUGCAAAUAACUACAUUUAGUCGGCUAUUGGUUGCAUUGUUAUUGUCGGGCCUGAUUGCACUGUGAGCGCACUGCUGUUUUCAAGAGAUGGAGACUGAAGAUGGGGAUUACCAUCAUUUAUCCAGUCAAAUCACUGGCUUGUGUGCCAUACCAGCCCACGUCAAAGUAUCCUGUGAUUGGCAAAAAUAACAAACUGUUUUAGUCUCUCUUUGUUUUUAAUCCUUCAAAGGAAUAUCUUGUUCCUGCGAUUUUGCAGCGUAAAUCCUGGACGCCACGCAUUUUCAGGCUACCACAGAGCCCCCCUUUUUUGGGCUGCAGACAUUUGUUUUGCAUAUUUUUGUUCAUAUUGUUCUUUGCAGGCCUGAUGUGUAGAAUUAUUUAAUUCCAUCCCUGCCUUUUUUUAACGAAGAAUAAUGUUGAAGAGCAUGAGCUGUGACACACGGAUGUGUAGCGCGACCUUGUUUUGGGGGCUGAUGCUCUCCGUCUCUACUAUCUGCAUCUGGUCCACACAUGGAGAGAUCUGUGGUCCGAGCAUCGACAUCCGCAACGACAUUGAGGAGUUUAAGCGGCUGCUGAACUGUACGGUGGUGGAAGGCUACCUGCAGAUCCUCCUCAUCAACGACAAGACCAACAACAUCCAGCAGGAGGCCUUUCGCUCCCUCACUUUCCCAAAGCUGACCGUCAUCACAGACUACCUGCUGCUGUUUCGUGUCUCGGGCCUGGACAGUCUCAGCAUGCUCUUCCCCAACCUGAGCGUCAUACGUGGGCGAAAUCUCUUCUACAACUACGCCCUGGUAAUCUACGAGAUGACCAGCCUGAAGGACAUCGGCCUGUACAACCUAAGAAACAUCACUCGAGGAGCCAUGCGGAUUGAGAAGAACCCGGAGCUCUGCUACCUGGACUCCGUGGACUGGUCUCUCAUUAUGGAUGCUGAGUUUAACAACAUCAUCAACGGGAACAAGAAGGCGAAGGAGUGCGACAAUGUCUGCCCAGGCAUCAUGGAGGAUAACCCUCUUUGUCGGAGAACGUCGUUCAAUGACAACCUCGACUACCGCUGUUGGACCUCCAGUCAGUGCCAGAAAGUAUGCCCCGAACACUGCAAGCUUUCCUGCACAGACCAGGGGGAGUGUUGCCACAGCCAGUGUCUGGGCGGCUGCACCGAACCGAACAACGACAUGGCGUGCUCUGGCUGCCUGCACUACUACCACGAGGAUCACUGCGUGCCGGACUGUCCCCCAGACACUUACAAGUUUGAGGGCUGGCGCUGCAUCACCAUGGACCUGUGCUCCCAAGUGCACCUGCCUGGCGAUACUCCCUUUGUCAUCCAUGGAGGAGAGUGUAUGCUCGACUGCCCCUCUGGCUUCACGCGCCAAGAGACAAAUCGUAUGUUAUGCAGUGCCUGCAAUGGCCCGUGUGAUAAGCUCUGCACAUCGCCAGUCAUCGACUCAGUGACUGCUGCUCAGUCCCUGAAGGACUGCACCAUCAUCGAAGGCAAUCUGGACAUCAAUAUCCGCCGUGGAAAUAACAUAGCGUCCGAGCUGGAGACCUUCAUGGGAUUGAUCCAGACAGUGACGGGCUAUGUGAAGAUUCGCCACUCCCACGCACUCAGCUCGUUGUCCUUCCUCAAGAGCCUGCGUAACAUCAAUGGCCAUGAACUCAUCGACAACAUGUAUUCAUUCUCGGCCAUCGACAACCAGCACCUGCAGUACUUGUGGGACUGGAGUCAACACAACCUGACUAUUGGGAAUGGACGUCUCUUCUUUCGUCUGAACCCCAAACUAUGCAUGUUUGAGAUUCACAAGAUGUGGGAGGAGACAGGCAUUGCUGGGAAGCCAGAGGAUGGAGAUUUCCGUAACAAUGGUGAACGAGCCAGCUGUGAAAGUCAUACCUUGAAGUUCAAGUCGAACAUCACUACGAGCCAUACCAUGAGGCUGACAUGGGAGCGCUACAGGCCGCCAGACUACAGAGACCUUAUCAGCUUCAUAGUCUACUACAAGGAGUCCCCGUUUAAGAACAUCACAGAGUUUGACGGACAGGAUGGCUGUGGCUCAAACAGCUGGCACAUGGUGGAUGUGGAUUUGCCUCAGGAUAAAAACAAUGACCCUGAAGUCAGUCUUCAACAACUCAAGCCUUGGACCCAGUAUGCCAUUUUUGUGAAGGCCAUUACCCUUCAGGUGGAGGACAAACACAUCACUGGAGCAAAGAGUGAUAUAAUCUACAUCCGCACACGCCCAUCACCGCCCUCCAUGCCCAAAGAUGCCCGGGCAUAUGCCAACUCCUCAACCACGUUAAUGGUGAAGUGGUCGCCUCCAGCCUUUCCCAACGGCAAUCUCACAUACUACCUGGUCCGCUGGCAGCAGCAGCCUGAGGACAGGGAGCUCUACCAACACAACUACUGCUCCAAAGAGCUGAAGAUCCCAAUCCGUCUCCCAGCCACAGGGUUCACGGACAUGGAGGACAACACCAAGCCCACCAAGUCCGACCUAGCAGGGGGAGACAAGGGCCCAUGCUGUGCCUGCCAGAAGACGCCCGAGGAGAAAGACAGGGAGAAGGAUGACCGCGUCUUUUUUAAAAUCUUUGAGAACUUCCUUCACAACGCCAUCUUUCUGCCGAGACCCCCAGAUCGUCGACGUAGAGAUGUUUUCGGCUUGGCUAACGACACACUGCUCCACGACGGUGUCGGCAGGGGAAACUCCACCUUUGGUUCAGAGGAUAACAGUACCGAUGGUAUUCCUCCAAUCAGGGAGUUCCCCUUCUCAGAGGACAAGAGCACAGACGAAUAUUUAGAGAUCCCCAACUUGCGACCCUUCACUGUCUACCGCAUCGAUAUCCACGCAUGUAACGAGGAGGUCGGGCGCUGCAGCGCUGGAGCCUUUGUCUUCUCCAGGACCAAACCGGCAGGCAAAGCAGACGACGUCCCUGGAAAGGUGAUCAACGUGCGAAGUGACAAGGUUGAAGGUUGUGUGGUUCUGCACUGGCCGGAGCCCUUCAUGCCCAACGGUCUCAUCCUGAUGUAUGAGAUCAAGUUUCGUCUGGGGACAGAGCCUGAGAAACAUGAGUGUGUGUCACGGCAGCAGUACCGCCAGUACCAAGGAGCCCGGCUGACUAACCUGGGCUCAGGGAAUUACUCUGCUCGCGUGCGUGCCACUUCACUUGCAGGGAACGGCUCCUGGACAGACAGAGUGUUCUUCUAUGUGCCUCCACCCAAACGAGAUGAUAGUGUGGCGUUCUACUUGGUCAUCAUAAUUCCCAUUAUAGUGACACUUUUCAUUGCCACCCUCACCACGGUUGUCUUCUUUGUGAACAAAAAGAGGAAUAGCGACAGAUUGGGGAAGGGAGUCCUUUAUGCGUCCGUCAACCCUGAGUACUUCAGUGCUGCUGAAAUGUAUGUCCCAGAUGAGUGGGAGGUAGCCAGAGAGAAGAUCACGAUGCACAAGGAGCUGGGCCAGGGCUCCUUUGGCAUGGUGUACGAAGGACUCGCCAAGGGAGUGGUCAAGGACGAACAGGAGACACGAGUGGCCAUCAAGACGGUCAAUGAGUCGGCCAGCAUGAGGGAGCGCAUUGAGUUCUUGAAUGAAGCCUCUGUAAUGAAGGAAUUCAACUGUCACCAUGUGGUGCGGCUGCUGGGCGUGGUCUCUCAGGGACAGCCGACCUUGGUGAUUAUGGAGCUGAUGACGCGAGGAGAUCUCAAGAGCCACCUUCGCUCUCUGCGCAAAGAAAACACCACCAGCCAGGUCCUACCCCCACUCAAAAAGAUGAUCCAGAUGGCAGGGGAAAUUGCCGACGGCAUGUCGUACCUAAAUGCCAACAAAUUUGUCCACAGAGAUCUGGCUGCCAGAAACUGCAUGGUAGCUGAGGACUUCACUGUGAAGAUUGGAGAUUUUGGCAUGACCAGAGAUAUUUAUGAGACUGAUUACUACAGAAAAGGAGGAAAGGGCCUGCUGCCUGUUCGCUGGAUGUCUCCGGAGUCACUGAAAGAUGGCGUGUUCACUACAAUGUCUGACGUUUGGUCGUUUGGUGUCGUGCUGUGGGAGAUUGCCACCUUAUCAGAACAGCCUUACCAGGGCAUGUCCAAUGAACAAGUUCUGCGCUUCGUCAUGGAGGGGGGCCUCUUGGACAAACCUGACAACUGCCCUGACAUGUUGUUUGAGCUGAUGAGGAUGUGCUGGCAGUAUAACCCCAAGAUGCGGCCGUCCUUCCUGGAGAUCAUCAGCAGCAUCAAGGAGGAUCUGGACCCUCCCUUCAGGGAAAUGAGCUUCUUCUUCAGCGAGGAGAACAAGCCGCCCGACACCGAAGAGCUGGACAUGGAGGUAGAAAACAUGGAGAACAUUCCACUGGACCCCGCACCCACCAGGCAGCCCCCUUCUACUGCUGCCACCGCCGCACCUUCGUCGGGAUGCACCGGAGGCACACCGCCCCCUGCUGCCCAGCAGUUGUCCCCCAUGCAAGGCCCGAGUACUCCGUUAUUGGGACCCAUGUCCCCCUCCUCCCCUGGCCGGGCGGCGGCCUCGGCCCUGGCGUCUCCGGGCCAGGCCUCGGACAAGCCCUCGGGACACGUUUCGGCCAACGGGCCCGUGGUGGUGUUACGGCCCAACUUUGACGAGUUGCAGCCGUACGCGCACAUGAACGGGGGCAGAAAGAACGAGCGCGCGCUACCACUGCCCCAGUCGUCGGCCUGCUGAUAUCAGACCGGCCCCUCAUCCUCCUUUCUCCUCUCGCACAGGGUAACUCAAACCUCUCCUCCGUCUCCUAAGGAGGGUUGGGGAGGGGGAGGGGGGUUGAGGGGAGGAAUGACUCUUCUACUGGGUUCCAGUAGAUGGUCUCUGCAGUCUUCGAAGCGCUAACGUCUGAGAAACGGUAGAGAAACCUGCAAGAGCAUGUAGGAGUUUGGUGGCUGGGACUCGACACCGAGGAACCGCCUGUGCCGCCCGUGUUUUACAAGUCUGAUGAGAAGGAAAACACUAUCAACAUGUUCCCUGACACACAGAUUUUACAGGAAAUUAUUGGAAAUUCUUCUUAGCUUAUCUGCCAGCAAAUCCAACAGAAGAGCACUUUUUAACGAUUCUCUCUAAAAUGGCUCCAUUACUUAAAAGACUUUCAUUCUAAAUGACUUUGUUUGCAUGAGAAGGCCGACUCGUGUCUUGUGAGAAGGCCUCUAUUAGAAAGUUUGGACUGAGAUCAUUGUUACUUUUUCCAGUUGAUAUUUCUAUGAUCUCGUCGAGUGGGUAAAAACGGCAGAGGGCCUAUUGUGUAUCUGCCAAACUAUUGCCAAAUGAAGGUUCUUCUUCAGUUCCAAACAGGUCUCCCUCCUUUUUGGCUGUGAUUUAGAGUUAAGACGGUCUGGUAUACAGGUAGAUUUCAGAAUUCAUGCUGGUGGGGGGUAGUGGGGUUGGUGGUUAUCACAGGACAGAGUACGGUGUCACUGGUAGGAAAGACUGCGUUCAUCCAUGCAGUCAAAGUAUUUGCAGCGUCUGCUUUUGGGGUCGGAAUAAAUCAAGCAAGACAUGAGAUACUUGGAGGAGAAACGGGACACUAGAGUGAAUUGUGUGAAAAGGGGCCAACACAAAAGCAGGGCUUUUUGAUUUAGAAUUUUGAAAUGUAACCAAUUUGUGAAUCACAUUUAAAAUCAAUUGAAACAAUAUUGGUUAACAGAAAUUUCAUUAAAAGAACAGUGUCUAUUUUAUUUCGAUUAAUCUCAAACAAUUAGUACAUUUACAAGUAAUCUGCCAUUCAUUUGGUAAUCAGUUAAAGUCCUUUUUUAAAUUAUUUAUAAACAUGACCAGAUUUCCUGGGUUCUGCAGCUCCUCGCGUGCAGUGAUUUGCUGCUUUUCAUUUUUUGGUAAACAGGAUUUGUGAGAGUUUUCCACUUCAUCACUUGAACAUCUGGGUGAAGCACACGCGUGACUUGGGUCGGCCAACUCUGAAUCACAGCCUCAGUCUGUUUUAGUAAAGAAAAUCUAAACAAAGUACCACAAAGUUUCACAAAGUCACUGGACUUCCUAAUCAAGGAAUAUGAAUGUGCCUCCACAUCGAGUCAAACCUUUUUGGCCUCUUUAAAACAGUGCAUUUAUUUUGGGAGGUGGAACACUUUCCUCUCUAACACUGCUGUUCUAAUGAAAUGGCACCAAAUAUUCCGUGACAAACACAGCAAAGACAGAAACAUGAGAAAUGGAUUUUAGUAGCCUAGAGACGACUUUUCAGCAGGUCUCUUUUAGAAUAGCCAUUAGUUUCUCUACAUUUCAAACACAUAUAAAGGUCUUACAGUUGUAUUUUAGACUGCAGGAUCAUUUUUAUACACAUUAUUGGUUUUGUCACUUUUUUAAACCUUUUUACAGUUCAGAAAGUUUGCCUCUAUGUCUGUAGAGAACAAAGCUGCUAUUUUAUUCUUUUUCUCUUUUGGAUGUGUAUAUGUAUAUAUAUGUAUAUAUACACAUACAGAAAUGCUUCAGGUUUGGUAUUUUAUGGUCUCCACUACAGUCCAUUUCUUAUAACCUCAAUCUGUUUAAAAAAAAAAAGAAAAAGCAACAAAAAACAUUUUUUUCUGUUACCCCAAAAGUUUUUCUGUAACACUAUUUUGUUCAUUGCCUUUUAUUUUUAUGAAAUAUUUUCUCCUGCAUUUGUUCUAUGGAUGUCUAUAUUAUUAUAUUAUUAUUAUUAUUAUUUGGAAUACACACCUUAGCUCAACGUGUGAGUGUGUACUUUCUGCACCCUUUUUGUACUAGCACUGCGCCUAGCGUUGCCCUAUGUGCGACUCAAUCUCAGGUUAAAGUAAAGGCUUUGCUUUCUCCACACAUUCUCAUGAUCGUCUUCUACUUGGCUCAACUUGUAACCCCCCAACCCCUUUAUUUUGUGUUGAGUCCAGUAGUGUCCCCUCUCUCUCUCUCUCUCUCUUUUCCCUCUAUGCCUCCUUUUAAAGUCAAUGCAAGAUGAAUUUACACCUGAUCUGGUAUUUUAACCCAUCCAUUUCUUGCCUCCCCUUGAAUCAAUAAUUGGGUUGUCUUAUAAGCCUUAAUUAUACCAACAAUCCAUAGAAAUAUGUAUUUUUUUUCUUCAAGUUCAAUACAAGACCACUUCUGCUAAUGUUACUUCAUCACAACAGAUCUUAUUGUUUAUCUUUGUGAUCACUGCUUCUGAAAACCAAAUAAAGGAUGGGUUAAAGCAAGAUGAAGUCCAGGAAAGGGAAGUCAUGAAUGGAAAAGGGUCUUAAAUGGAGGCUGAAUGAAGGAUUUCUCCUUGUCUAUUUGGAAAUGUUGCCUUGUUAUCCCGCCCCCCCCCCCCCCCCCCCUCUAUUUGAAGUUUUAUUUUCCCUGUAGGAGUGUUAUUUAUUGAUUUAUUUUUAUUUUAAUUUUCCUUCUUGUGAUCAGUUUAAAUCACUGUAUAAAUGCCCCAUGAUUCAGUAUAAAGUUGGAUUUUUUUGUAUGUAUUUUCUUUGGUGUCAUGACUGGGGGACUUACAGUUUUCUUUUCUUUUUUUCCUUCAAGUACAUAUCUACCUCACUCUUUUUAAAUGAACGUGUUUGUAACACAAGUGCAUCUCACUUCCAUCAGUUGUAUAGAAACCUCAUCUGGAUGAAUCCCACGGGGAUCUAGAUAAACCUCACAAAGUGAACCUGGAAAAGAGAUGGAAUAUCUUUGUUGCAAUUUCAGUCCACCGACUUCAUGCCCAGUUUUACAAAAUGAAAGUUUCUAUCUCUGAGAAGACUUAAGAGAGGACUUCAGUUCAGUGUGCUUUAGUUCUCUCCAGAAUCUGUUUAAAUUGGUGUUGGGUAUUUUACAUGAUUAUGUCAACAUACACUUUCAUUUGACCAGAUACAUUUUAAAAACUGCGCAGGUGCAUUUUAAGAGACCAGGGCCCAAAAUAUCCCAUCUCCACUGAUCACCAACAUAAUUCCACAACCUUAAAUCCUCAAAGACAGAAACCUACAUUUAAAACAAAUCUAAAAUGUAUUUAUAUAGAAGCCCCAACAGUUAUAAUGGGGAAUAUUUAAAAAGGGAAUGUUUUAUUGAAAAACAAUAUAUUGGCUAAAAAACUCUAACAUCCAGAUGCCAUUCACACUCUCAAAAAAGAUAUUCUGUUACGGUACGUAUAUGGAUGAGUAAUAUGAUGUAACAAGGAGCAGACAGGUAGCAGCACUUCCACCUACAUGUUACUAUUGUAGAAAUAGACCAUUUUAAUAACUCUUUAGUCAAUGUUGGAUUAAUAUGUAAACACUUUGUUCAUAAGUUCACCAUCACUUCCCCUCUCCAAUUAUUUUCUAUGAGAUUAGAGCUCUAGACAUCAUUUCCCUGGCAUUUUGAUCAUUACAAUACCUUUUUUUGGCCUAUUUCUACUGCUACUUACACUAAUGCUGCUGGUUAAAACAGUCACCUCAGUGGAUCUUAUAUUGUUCUCAAAGCUGGUGAGUGGGAAAAUGUCAAAGAAGUUUUUAUAUAUUUAACUUCUAUUAAAAACGUCACUUCUACUCACAGCGGCUUCUCUGAGAGGACUGUCUCUGUGUAAAGCUUCUGGGAUUAUAGAGAUAAGAUCAUGUAAAAUCGAUGUCCUGAAUUAAGGUUGUUCUCAAGCCUUUUAUCCGUGCAAGAUUUGAAGCGAAUCAAAGAGUAUUUCUGGUUGGGGAAACCGUCUGAUUACUGCUGAAUAUCAGAAAUCACCACUGACCAGCUGACAGCUUGUGUGGUCCCUUUACAUAUCUGUGCAUUUAUGGAUUUCCUUUUGGAUGUAAGCAAUGAUGAAAUACAAAACAUUCAGUUUUUAUGAGUAGACAUUACAUCAACCUUUGGUUAGGUGAAUUACUGUGGAAUUACUGGUUACCAUUGAAUCAGAAACCUGUCAUUUAAAUAACAGGUGGACAUGUAUAGGGAUUCUGCAUAGAUUAUGGGUAGUCAUGGUUAAGAGUAAACAACAGGAUUAGAAUAAGAUGAUAGGUCUACCUUUGAAGCAGCACAUAGUUGCUUUUUGUAUUGCCAGAUUUUAGUGUAAAGACAGAGUAACUUAACUUAAAACACAUUCAACUUAGUCAUCUUUAUCAUUUUUAUUCUUCUGAAUGCAAACCUCAGGUUUAUGCAUUCACACUGCAAUAAUACGUUUGAGGUUUAUCAUUAUCAUGCCUCUGUUUAUAUGAGUUGCAUUCCUAUACCUUUUGAGGGGGCCUUGAUUUACUGCUAUUGUUUUAUUACAAUUUCACAAAAUCUGUGUUCAUUAUCUGAUUGGGGAAAGAAAUUUUCAAAAAAGCUUCACUAGUCUUUUUUUCAAGCUCUGUAUCUAAGGCCUCAAAGGUUUUUUCGCACCUAUAACUGAGAUGGGGUGUUUUGACAUGCCAUCUCCAAAUGUGUACCUGAGAUUUUCUUGUAUUUUCUUUUUUUCUUCUUGAGAUUUUGAAUAAAUAAAUGAAUGAAAAUGUU